GGCUCAGCGUUGGUGCUGAGGCAAGGCAUCAGCCGCAGCAUCAUCUCGAGCAUCACAGAGCGAAUCCUAUUACAUCACUUUAUCGCCAUCUGAUUGGCUGAAGGUCAACGGUUUACCAGCAAGUCUUCGCUGAACAUUUCGGCCGUUGCGAAAACAUUUUAUCGUUUUUCUGCCCCGACAACCUUUAAAAAAUCUAGCCUGACCAAGCACUGCAUCACCAUGGCCGAGAGCGAGGCAGAAACGCCAAGCACCCCUCAAGAGUUCGAGAGUAAAUAUUUCGAAUAUAACGGAGUGAGGCUGCCUCCCUUUUGCAGAGGGAAGAUGGAGGAAAUUGCCAACUUCUCUCUCAGGAGUAGCGACAUAUGGAUAGUCACCUAUCCUAAAUCAGGAACCAGUCUGCUGCAGGAGGUGGUUUACCUGGUGAGCCAGGGGGCGGACCCGGAUGAGAUCGGGCUGAUGAACAUUGACGAGCAGCUGCCAGUUCUGGAGUACCCCCAGCCGGGCCUGGACAUCAUCCAGGAGCUGACCUCGCCUCGUCUGAUCAAGAGCCACCUGCCGUACCGCUUCCUCCCCACCGCCAUGCACAACGGGGAGUCCAAGGUGAUCUACAUGGCCCGGAACCCCAAAGACCUGGUGGUGUCCUACUACCAGUUCCACCGCUCCCUCAGGACCAUGAGCUACCGCGGCACCUUCCAGGAGUUCUGCCGCAGGUUCAUGAACGACAAGCUGGGGUACGGCUCCUGGUUCGAGCACGUGCAGGAAUUCUGGGAGCACCGCAUGGACUCCAACGUCCUCUUCCUGAAAUACGAAGACAUGUACAAGGACCUGGGCACGCUGGUGGAGCAGCUGGCACGCUUCCUGGGCGUGUCCUGCGACAAGGCCCAGCUGGAGGCCAUGGUGGAGAGCUGCCACCAGCUGAUCGACCAGUGCUGCAGCUCGGAGGCGCUGUCCAUCUGCAGGGGGCGCGUGGGUCUGUGGAAGGACAUCUUCACCGUUUCCAUGAACGAGAAGUUUGACGCCGUGUACAGGCAGAAGAUCGGCAAGUCCGACCUCAGCUUCGACUUCAGCCUGUAGAAAUCGAUGAAUGGAAUGGCACCGACCCCCCCCCCCCCCAAU